ACUACAACCAUCAUCCACUCACUAUAACAACCAAUUCUAUAAAUAGAAAUAGAAUUUGCCAAAAUUUUGAAGCAACAUUAAAAUGGCUAGAGAUCUUCAUCUUGCUAACAAGCCUUCCUUGUCCUCCGUCGACCAAAAGCUAGCCCUCGCCAAGCGAUGCUCGCAAGAGGGUGCAUUGGCAGGAGCUAAAGCAGCUGUUAUUGCUACUAUUGCUACUGCUAUUCCUACUGUGGCAAGUGCAAGAAUGUUGCCAUGGGGUAGAGCCAAUCUCAACCCCACUGCACAAGCUCUCAUUGUCUCCACUGUGGCUGGAAUGGCAUACUUUAUAGUGGCUGACAAGACUAUCCUUGCAACUGCUAGGCGCAACUCCUUCAAUGGCACUGACCAACCUCAUAACUUUUGAAGAUUAAUGUUUAGUGAUUUAAUUAAGAUGGAUAUUUUUGGUUAAAUCAUCUUUUAAUUUCUAUGUACUACCAACUAUCUAUAUAUAAAUAUUAUGCUAAAUAUAGAGUUGGAUUGGUCACUUAUGUGAAAGUGCUUCAAUCAAUCUAUUGUAUCCAAAUGUUGUUCAAAAUGUUAUGAUUGAUGUUACUUAA